AUGCAUUGUGAUUCGUCUCGACUAUUAGGCCGCAAUAAUGUUUCAAACAAGGCUCCCGCUACCCACCACCGCACAGCGCUCUCGCACGCGCGCAUAUCCGCAAGCGCUCUACCGUCAUCCACGCCACUCGUCGCGUCUCGAUCUCAACCCGUGUCACUCCAGGCCGUCGCGCAACGGUCGUGCGAGCCGCGAAGACUCGCUUCCGCGCGGCUCGUCGCGCGCGCGGAUGCGUAUUCCAGCGACGCGGCGCGCGCCACCCCCGGCGAUGCCGCCGCCGAAGACACCACUCAACCGUCGGAUCGGCGGCGAGCGCGGCUGGCGGUGUUCGUUUCGGGCGGCGGGUCGAACUUCAAAGCGAUACACGCGGCUUGCGCCGACGGGCGCGUGAACGGCGACGUGGUGGUGGUCGUUAGCGAUAAACCAGAGUGCGGGGGGUGGCAGUACGCGCGCGCCAGCGGCAUCCCCACGCUCGCCUUCCCCGUCAACGCCAAGCUGCCGCCCAGCGAACAAAUCGGCCUCACGCCUGACGAGCUGCUCGCCGCCAUGCGGCAGCACGGGGUGGACUUUGUAGUGCUGGCGGGGUAUCUGAAGCUGCUGCCCGCCUCGCUGGUGGAGGCGUUCCCCCGAGCCAUCCUCAACAUCCACCCCGCGCUGCUGCCCGCGUUCGGGGGCAAGGGCUACUAUGGCAUGCGCGUGCAUAAAGCCGUGAUUGCCUCUGGCGCCAGGGUAUCAGGCCCCACGGUGCACUUCGUGGACGAGCGGUACGACCACGGCCCCAUAGCAGCACAGGCGGUCGUGCCCGUGCUGCCCUCCGAUGACCCCCCCGCCCUGCAGGCGCGCGUGCUCGCCCAGGAGCACCAACUGUAUGCACGUGUGGUGGCAGCGCUGUGUGACGGCCGUGUGGAGUGGCGGGAGGAUGGCGUGCCGCUCAUUCGCACCACAAAGGAUGGCAACGAGUUCGACCCCAGCGCGUUCCCCAUGUUCGGCUUUUUCAAAAAAGGCAAGCCGCAGCAGCAGCAGCCGCAACCGCCGCCGGCCGGCCAGCCUGGGUACCCCCCUCCCCCCGCGGGGUACGCGCAGGGCGGCUACGCGCCACCUGCGCCGCCGCCCGCGGGCUAUGGCGGAGCGCCGGGGGGGUAUGGGCAGGCGGGGGGGUAUGGCGGGGCAGCGGGGGGCGGCGGGGGGGGGAGGGCGCAGAUGACUUUCCAGCAGAAGUACGGAUUCAUCCCGGACUCGUUCCAGACCAUUCAGCAGGUACGGGGGAGUGCAGAGAGGAGGAGGGAAGAGUACGGGGGGGCGGGGGGUCGGGUGAGCACACCGCAGGUUGGGGGGAAGCGGGGGUUGAACAUGGCGCAGGUGCAGGAUAAGCUGCGAGAGGUGGGACUCGAGUCCAGCAACCUCAUCGUAGCCGUUGAUUUCACCAAGAGCAACGAAUGGACAGGCAAGCACACAUUCGGCGGCCGCUGCCUACACGCCAUAGGCGCGCACAUGAAUCCGUACGAGCAGGCCAUUCAGAUCAUCGGGGAGACGCUAGAGCCCUUCGACGAGGACAACCUCAUCCCCGCCUUCGGCUUCGGCGAUGCCACAACGCAUGACAAGGCUGUGUUUUCAUUCAACCGUGACAACCGCUCUUGCAACGGCAUUGCUGAGGCACUCUCGCGCUACCGUGCCAUCGCCCCCCACGUGAAGCUCUCAGGUCCCACGUCCUUUGCACCGGCAAUAGAGGCAGCGGUGCGCAUAGUGGAGGAGAGUGGCGGCAACUACCACGUGCUGCUCAUCAUCGCUGACGGUCAGGUGACGCGCAGUGCGGACGUGCCGCCCGGGCAGCUGAGCAAGCAGGAACGCGCCACUGUGGACGCCAUCGUUGCCGCCAGCAACUACGCGCUCUCCAUAGUGCUGGUGGGCGUGGGUGACGGCCCAUGGGAUGUGAUGCACGGCUUUGACAACCUGCUGCCUGCCCGGGCCUUCGACAACUUCCAGUUUGUGGACUGCUCGCAGAUCCUGGCAGCACCGGGGCCGCACGAGCAGAAGGCGGUGCGCUUUGCACUGAGUGCGCUCAUGGAGGUGCCCUUGCAGUUUAAGGCGUGCAGCGAGAUGGGCACGCUGGGCAAGCGCAUCGGUCGCAUGCCACCCACCCCACCGCUGCCUCCCCCGCCACGAGUGCUCGAGAUGGAUGCUGCUGCUGCUGCAGGCAUGGGCAUGGGAUACCAGCAACAGCAGCAGCAGCCACCACCGUAUGGCCAGCAGCAACCACCCCCCUACUACCAGCAGCAGCAGCAGCAGCAGCAGCAGCAGCAGCCAUACCCUGGUGUCCCCCCUUCCAGCUAUCCCACUGCCCCCUCCGCACCCCCUGCUCCGGACCAGUUCUCUUCCCAAGAUGCCGGUUACCCGCCUCCUCAAGGGGGGUAUGGGCAGCAGAGUGGUUACCCCUCUCAGUAG